AUGCCUGCCGAAGUCUCCGAUAUCAAGCAGUUCAUUGAGAUCUGCCGCCGGAAGGAUGCCUCCUCCGCCCGCAUCAAGAAGAACGGCAAGAACCAGCAGACCAAGUUCAAGGUCCGCUGCCACCGCAACCUGUACACCCUUGUCCUGAAGGACUCCGAGAAGGCCGACAAGCUCAAGCAGAGCCUGCCCCCUGCCCUCAAGGUCGUCGAUGUCUCCAAGGGCACCAAGAAGACCAACUAA